AUUUGUUUUUCUCUCUGUUUUAAAGAAUUAUUCAGUCUACAGAUAUAUACAAGAGGGGGUUGUUGAAGCCCUAAAACCUGCAAUCUGAGUGGGACAAAAUGGGAGAGGCUCUAUUCGAACUUGAACAAAUUCUUCGAUCUAAACAGGGGAAUUUGACUAGUCAAGAAUCAAUUGUGCUUAUGACUUGCAAAGCAAAUGCCCUCAAGGAUUUUACCAUUGGGGCUGGUGCUGGUGCCGGUAUAGUGUGGCUAGCAACCCGAAGGCUAAGUAAUUUACUUCGGAUCAACCUUUCAGGAGGAGCUGCUGCAUUUUCUGGAUUGUGGAGAUUCGGUAAGUCGCUAGAUUCAUGCGUUGAGCAUAUCCUUGCCCUGGAUGGAAGCCAGAUGCAAAAGGAGUUAGCAAAUAUAAUACUGAAAAAGUAUCGGAAUGAUCCACGGACCAUGCAGCUUGUCUCCAAGCAUUUCUAUUCAGAGAAGGUUUUCGAUGAUUCAUCCUCAGAUCAGCCAAAACUAAGAUGGCGUUAUCGGAAUUUUUUUGGUGAUAAUGUUGUUCAUUCUCAGCAGACACAUGACGAUGACUCUUACAAUGACAAGACUGAUUCAGUGAAGAAUGAUGUGGAGAAGACCAGUUUGGAGCACAAGCAACAUCUUACGAAUCAAAGCGUGGAUGCAAUGGCAAACCCUUUUGACUGUGUUUUAGGUCUCCCGGGAAGGGUUGAGGAGAUUCCUCACGCUACUACCUCCACUGCGUCUCCCAAAAGACAUGGCCGCAGCCACAAAAAGGCCCACCGUAGACGUCGAAUGCGCCAUCAGGAAGUUUCUUCAGAUUCUGAACAUGCUUAGGCUUAUAAAUUGACUGAUUAUGGCGAAUUUUUAGUUUGACAUUUGGGAGGUGGAGAACUAUCUUCAAGGAUUUGUAUACUUCCAGUUACAUUAACAUUAAUUAUGCCAUUUUUAAAAAAAAUUUCUUAUUUGUAAAUUAUGUUUCCUUUUAAUGAUAUAAAUGUCGAUCAGAGUACACCGA